CGUCUCCUUCUUCUCCAUUUCUUUUUCCUCUCUUCUUGUGGCGGUCGGACAGGUUAUUUUUGAAGCUUGAACGAUGCUUGUUUUGUUUGAAACUCCUGCGGGUUUUGCCCUUUUCAAAGUAUUGGAUGAAGGGAAGCUCUCCAAAGUUGAGGAUUUGUCUAAGGAGUUUUCAUCAGCUGAGUCUGCUAGACAGAUUGUGAAGCUGAAAGCAUUCAACAAGUUUGAAAACACAUCUGAGGCUUUGUCUGCUGCAACUUUGCUGAUAGAUAGUAAACCAAGCAAAGGUCUCCGUAAGUUUUUGCGUAGCCAUUGUGAUGGUGAAACAUUAGGAGUAGCUGACUCGAAGCUUGGUAACUCUAUUAAGGAGAAACUGCAAAUUGACUGUGUUCACAACAAUACUGUUAUGGAACUCAUGAGAGGGGUGCGAAGUCAAUUGACAGAGCUCAUAUCUGGUUUAGCUACUACAGAUUUGGCUCCGAUGAGUUUGGGUCUUUCUCAUAGCUUGUCAAGAUAUAAAUUGAAGUUUAGUCCAGAUAAGGUGGAUACUAUGAUCAUUCAGGCUAUUGGUCUAUUGGAUGACCUUGACAAGGAACUCAACACAUAUGCAAUGAGAGUUAGAGAAUGGUAUGGUUGGCAUUUCCCGGAACUUGCUAAGAUUGUUACAGACAAUAUCCUAUAUGCCAAGACAGUUAAGCUAAUGGGAGACCGCACAAAUGCUGCAAAACUUGACUUUUCUGAGGUUUUGCCUGAUGAAACUGAGACAGAUCUGAAAGAGGCAGCAAAUAUUUCAAUGGGAACUGAAGUCAGUGAACUUGAUCUCAUAAACAUCAGGGAUUUGUGCGAUCAGGUUCUCUCACUUUCUGAGUAUAGAGCUCAACUGUAUGAUUAUCUGAAGAGCAGAAUGAAUACUGUUGCUCCUAAUCUCACCGCUCUUGUUGGAGAACUUGUUGGUGCUCGUCUAAUUGCUCAUGGAGGAAGCUUAAUAAAUCUUUCAAAGCAACCUGGAAGUACAGUUCAAAUUCUUGGGGCAGAGAAGGCUUUGUUCAGAGCCUUGAAGACCAAACAUGCAACACCUAAAUACGGGCUUAUUUAUCAUGCAUCUUUGAUUGGUCAGGCAGCACCAAAACAUAAAGGAAAGAUCUCACGAUCUCUUGCUGCCAAAGCUGCUUUGGCAAUUCGUUGCGAUGCUUUGGGAGAGGGUGAAGACAACUCCAUGGGAUUGGAGAGCAGACUAAAACUUGAGGCACGAUUGAGGAAUCUUGAAGGUAGAGAACUUGGCCAUUCUUCUGGAUCAGCUAAAGGCAAGCCUAAGAUUGAAGUCUAUGAUAAAGAUAAGAAGGGGGCUGGGGCUAUGAUCACCUCUGCUAAGGUUUACAAUCCGGCUGCUGAUUCUGUUCUUGGCCGGACAGAACCUGCUGUUAAUGCUGCUCCUUUGGAGGAUGAAGAAAACAAAGAAAAGAAGAAAAAGAAAAAGAAGGCUGCUGUUGAAGAGGAAGCUAACGAUGAAGAGGAAGAGAAGAAAGAAAAGAAGGACAAGAAAAAGAGGAAGCAUUCAGAGAACUCUGAUUUGCCCGUAGAAGGUGAUGAAAAUGGUGAGAAGAAGAAAAAGAAGAGAAAACAUGCUGAAGUUGACGAGGAAGAACAAACUGAAACAUCGAGCAAGAAGGAAAAGAAGAAGAAAAAGAAAAACAAAGACUAAAUCAAGAUUGAUGUUUUUUGGAGAUGGGAUCAUGAUUGUUGCAGUUAACUAUGUGAGACACAAGGGAAUAGGGUUUUCAAUACUAUGUUUGUUACAUGAAACAUCUGUAUGACCUCUAUUUAAACUAUAUUUCAAUGUUGAUGGCUGUGCCAUUUUUGAAUUUUUGGUAGAACCAUAGUUUUUGGUUAUGAAUCAGUUCUUUGGAGCUCUUUUUCUACUCUUCUUAGUGGUAAUAUCAUCUUCAUUUGAGUUUUGUGAAU